AGGAGAGGAGCAAAGCCCCCCGGAGGGAGGGAGGAAGGAAGGAAGGAAGGAAGAGCGAGGAGAAGGCAGCCGGCGCUCCCCUCGGCCUGUCUCUCCGAGAGGUCACCCAGGACAGGGACCUUUUCAUCUCGCCCGCUUGCUCGCUCACUCGCUCGCUCGCUCGCCGGCCGGCCAUUCUGGGCGAAGCCCAUCAGCUCAAGAUGAAGUGGCUCGCCUUCGGGUUAGCCGCCUUCCUGCUGGCCGUGGCCAGCCCCGUGGCACGAGGCGAGGAGGGGCUGGAUUUCCCCGAGUACGAUGGCAUCGACCGGGUGAUCGACGUCAACAGCAAGAACUACAAGGCCGUCCUGAAGAAGUUUGAGAUCCUGGCGCUGCUCUACCACGAGCCGGUGGGCGAGGACAAGGCUUCGCAGAAGCAGUUUGAGCUGGAGGAGCUGAUCCUGGAGUUAGCAGCCCAAGUCCUGGAGGAUAAAGGAGUCGGCUUUGGGCUAGUGGAUGCCGAGAAGGACGCGGCUGUGGCCAAAAAAUUAGGUCUGACUGAGGAGGACAGCGUUUACGUCUUCAAGGGUGACGAAAUCAUUGAGUACGACGGGGAGUUUUCAGCCGACACCCUGGUGGAGUUUCUUCUGGACGUGAUGGAGGAUCCAGUGGAAUUCAUCGAGGGAGACCACGAACUGCAGGCCUUCGAGAACAAUGAGGACGAGCCAAAAGUCAUCGGAUACUUCAAGAGCGAAGACUCCGAGCACUUCAAGGCCUUCGAAGACGCGGCAGAGGAGUUCCACCCUUACAUCACUUUCUACGCCACCUUCGACAGCAAGGUGGCCAAGAAACUGUCGCUGAAAUUGAAUGAAAUCGACUACUAUGAACCUUUCAUGGAGGAGCCGGUCACCAUCCCGGACAAGCCCAACAGCGAGGAGGAAAUUGUGCAGUUUCUGGAAGAACACCGGAGGCCAACGCUAAGGAAGCUCCAGCCGGAAAGCAUGUAUGAAACCUGGGAGGAUGAUAUAGAUGGCAUCCACAUUGUUGCCUUUGCAGAGGAAGACGACCCUGAUGGUUACGAAUUCCUGGAAAUCUUGAAAGAUGUUGCCCAAGACAACACAGACAACCCGGACCUCAGCAUCAUCUGGAUUGAUCCUGAAGACUUCCCACUGCUGAUCCCCUACUGGGAGAAGACUUUCGGCAUCGACUUAUCCCGGCCUCAGAUUGGUGUGGUCAACGUAACUGAUGCCGAUAGCAUCUGGCUAGAGAUGGACGAUGAAGAUGACCUUCCCUCUGUGGACGAGUUGGAAGACUGGAUCGAGGAUGUCCUGUCGGGGGAAAUAAACACAGAGGAUGAUGAUGAUGAUGACGACGACGACGAUGACUAGACCUUGGCACCAGCCCUUUAUCUUUUGUGAAAGGCAGGGCCUGUCUCGAGGGGUCAGCCUGUGCCACCUCUUUCUCUGGGGUGCCCCACGGAUGACCACACUCACAGUGCCUCCAGCCUGCAUCAAAGCAAUGACAUCCUAAGCAGAACGUAUUUUUAUAUUGAUCAUAUAUA